AUGGAACGAUGGUACCCAGGUUUUCGUCUGUCCCCAUGCACAGCCGUGCGAUUAGCCGGCUUUCUUCCAGUCCUCCUUGUCCUCGGCUUGAUCGCCCUUGCCUACAUAACCUGCGUUCUUGCCACCCUUGCCCCUCUUCGCACGCUUCACCCCUCCGUUGUCUACCCUCUACUAAUCUUUUUCCACUUUAUUUAUCUAAACGUCCUCGCAAACUACUUACUCCUCGUCUUCGCCGACCCCGGCUCGCCCCCGCCCGAUUGGAAAGCCGCCCCUCCGCCAUCACCAUUCUCCCCCCACCUUCCAACCCACCGCUUCCUCUCCACUCCCGCAUUGUCUGCUCACCCCACCCAAGCCCUGCGCGUCUCGACGCCACCAAUGACAUCCGACAGCGACGACGGCUAUCAAGAUGCCGGUAUGCUACUGCCGCCCCAAUCGCACUCCGCCCAUCCCCCCAAGCCCCUCACCUCCUCCUUCCGCUACGCCCAUCUCAUGCGCGAACGCUCCUAUGACGGAACUCUCCGCUACUGCCGUGUCUGCGCCGCCUACAAGCCCGACCGCUCGCAUCAUUGUUCCGUCUGUCGCCGCUGCAUCCUUCGCAUGGAUCAUCAUUGCGUAUUCGUCAACAACUGUGUCUCCUUCUACAACCACAAGUUCUUUAUCAGCUUCAUUCUGUACGCUUUUUUCGGCUGCCUCUUUGUUGCUAUCGUCUCGUUUCCGACAUUCGCUGCCGUGCUUUCGACAAGCCCGUCCCAUAUGAAGCCACACAGCUCGGGGGGCUGGCUCAUCGCGAAAGCACGCAUGCUUUGGGGGCACACCCCCAUCCGCGUUGUCCAGAGGAUGGACCUUAUCCAGUUUGCAAACUUGCAAGGCAUGUCAUCGACUCUCAAGACCCUUGCAAUGGUGGGCUACAUCACCAGCAUUGCGUUUGCAUUCGCUUUGGCCAUUUUUGUCAUUCUGCAUCUCUAUUUAGUCGCCAAGGGCAGAACCACCAUAGAAAUGUACGAGCUUACGGACCAGAUGCGAGUGGCGCGAGUUCUGGAGUACGAUUUGGGUUUUGCCAAAAACUUGAGAAAGGUAUUUGGUUCCGUUCCAUUCUGGUGGUUUUUCCCGACCAGGGUUUACGUCGAAGGGGAUGGAUUGGACUACGAACGUCGAACUCUCCCUGAUCUUCGCCCUGUGACCGUGUAG